UCCUUCGACUCGGCAUUUAAAUUGAGCUGCAGGACAUCAGCUGCUGCUACAUUCAGCGCCGUGCUGUGACAGAAAAACCGCCCGUAUCACCAGCCAGACAGGGCUGCUCUUAUUUUUUUUAGACACGAGUUCUGGUCCGUGUGAGGAGGUCCGGCUCGGUUUUUGCGAGCAGGACAGCGGGAGCCGUUGAACAAUAACGGCGGUUGCGCUCUUGACAGCAGCUCGGUGCAUCAUUUUUUUUUUGGAGGGGGUGAUUCCUCUGCUAGCUCCUGGACGAAAUUGAAUCGCGGUAACGUGAUGUUGUGCAUGUGAACGCCACGAUUUAGGCUUUUGUUUGUUUUUUUUCUCCUGGGCAGUGUUUGUUUACUGAGAGAUAUUGGUAAACAACAAUAAAGUCAGUGAAUGCGGUGGUUUUCGGCCCAGCAGCACAAGUGGCCUGGAGUUGGGAAGGAUCGAUGGACUGGAUGAUGAGAGUGCAUUUGAAAGGGUCACGUUUACGGUAAAUUCAGAUAAAAUACACAACAAAAUUCGAUUAUUUGCAACUAUAGACAUUAACAGAGACAGAAAUUCUGAAAACAGAUUUCAGCUAGGCUGAAAAUAACAUCAGCUCCGAUCAAUACUACCAUCAAUAACAACAGUCACCACCCAGUCAGUGCAGCAGGACAGCAACACUGACUAUUGAUAAAUCUAUAUUUUCCUCCUGAGAGAGAAUAUCUUAGAUUGUAAGAUAUUUUUGUGCAUUUUAUUUUUCAGAACAGACUUUUAAUGUAUUUUUGAGAACCUUUCCAGAAAAAAAAAACAACCUGGAGGAAACUUCAGUAUAGAUUGUUUUUCAGUGUGUAUAUUGCACUUUUAUUUUUUUGUUUUUAAUUAGGUGAGAUUUUCACACAACUUUUUUGAAUUAGUUUUUAAUCAGUCGGCGACAAAUUAAACAUCAACAUUUGACCAGUUACACCCACUCGAGGCUUUACUAGUCUGAAAAAAUAAGAAAUUAAAAAAGCAACCAGCAACGAUGUUCAGCUGGCUUGGAACCGACGACCGGAGGAAGAAGGACCCAGAAGUCUUUCAGACGGUCAGCGAUGGACUUAAGAAGCUCUACAAGACCAAACUCCUGCCGCUGGAGGAGAGCUACAAGUUCCACGAGUUCCACUCUCCGGCGCUGGAGGAUGCUGACUUUGACAACAAGCCCAUGGUCCUACUGGUGGGCCAGUACUCCACUGGCAAGACCAGCUUCAUACGCUACCUGUUGGAGCAGGAUUUCCCCGGAAUGCGAAUUGGCCCUGAACCCACCACGGAUUCCUUCAUCGCGGUGAUGCACGGCGACACGGAAGGAGUCAUCCCUGGCAACGCUUUGGUGGUGGACCCCAAGAAGCCCUUCAGAAAGCUGAACGCGUUCGGUAACGCCUUCCUCAACAGGUUUGUGUGCGCCCAGCUGCCUAACCCAGUGCUGGAAAGCAUCAGUGUGAUUGACACACCGGGGAUUCUGUCUGGAGAGAAACAGAGGAUAAGUCGAGGCUAUGACUUUGCAGCUGUCUUGGAGUGGUUUGCAGAGCGAGUCGACAGGAUCAUAUUACUGUUUGAUGCACACAAACUGGACAUCUCUGAUGAAUUCUCCGAGGUGAUAAAGGCCCUGAAGAACCACGAGGACAAGAUCAGGGUUGUGCUGAACAAGGCUGACCAGAUAGAGACCCAGCAGCUGAUGAGGGUCUAUGGUGCACUGAUGUGGUCACUGGGGAAAAUAGUCAACACCCCUGAGGUGAUCCGCGUCUACAUUGGUUCCUUCUGGUCCCACCCUCUGUUGAUUCCAGACAACAGGAAGCUGUUUGAAGCGGAGGAGCAGGACUUGUUUAAAGACAUUCAGUCUUUACCCAGAAAUGCAGCGCUUCGAAAACUCAAUGAUCUGAUCAAGAGGGCAAGACUAGCGAAGGUCCAUGCCUACAUCAUCAGCUCACUGAAGAAAGAGAUGCCGUCGGUGUUUGGGAAAGAGAACAAGAAGAAAGAACUGAUUGCCAGUUUGGGGGAUAUUUACAAACGCAUAGAGAGAGAGCAUCAGAUAUCACCUGGAGAUUUCCCUAAUCUGAAGAAGAUGCAGGACCAGCUUCAAGCCCAGGAUCUCAACAAAUUCCAGCCCCUGAAACCCAAACUCCUGGAGGCGGUAGAUGACAUGCUUGCAAAUGACAUCGCUGGCUUAAUGGUCCUGGUCCGCCAAGAAGAAACCCAGCGUCCCAACCCAGUUGUGAAGGGCGGUGCGUUCGACGGCACUCUGGACGGCCCGUUCGGCCACGGGUACGGCGAAGGAGCCGGCGAAGGCAUCGACGAGGCCGAGUGGGUCGUCGCUCGUGACAAACCUGCAUACGACGAGAUUUUCUACACAUUAUCUCCCGUCAACGGGAAGGUGACAGGAGCCAACGCCAAGAAGGAGAUGGUGAAGUCAAAACUGCCCAACACAGUGCUGGGAAAGAUCUGGAAGCUGGCAGACAUCGAUAAAGACGGGAUGCUUGAUGAUGAGGAGUUUGCGUUGGCCAAUCACCUGAUAAAAGUGAAACUGGAGGGACAUGAACUGCCAUCUGAACUGCCGGCACACCUGGUACCCCCAUCCAAGAGGAAAAUCCCAGAGUAAAUGCAAGCUCGCACCUUUCCCUGCCCCCAGAACCUGUAAGUACACCCCACCCUCCUCUACCCAGAGAAGAAUAUCCCAAUUAAAAUAGGAAUAUUCCUGUAGCAUUAUAGCAAAAACCACAUUUCCAACUCCAACAUUUGCAACCUCUAUUUCCCUUCAUGAGCAAAAUAGUCUGUUACACUUAAAAUAAAAUCAAGAUAAAGGUGCAAUAUGCAAGUAUUGUAGUUUUAAACAACAGCAGUUUUGAUGUUAUCUCAAAAGACGUCCAUGUAUUGUUUUGCAGAGAUAUCUACUGACGUUAGCAUGUUAGCAGACAGCCCAUAGCCACUUUGUACUUCAACAGGUGACAGUCCUGAUAUUAAACAAAAAACAGCGCUCCCAGUCCGAGCUAGCUACACAGGUUACUGAGCUUACAAGCUAAUGGCAGCUGCAGUAAGCAGCAGUCACUUUGGUGGUAUGCUGUGCUUUACUAAUUCUUACAUACUGCACCUUUAGUGAAUGCUUAGCAACUGAUUCAAACGCUCCAUUUCUGCAAUACUGAAACAACUUUUACAAGGAUAGAAAAACUGGAUAUUGACAUGUCUGCGGUAAAGUCACAGAGUGAAUUAUUUUGUAUUUAGGGGAGAUAUAUGGGGAGUUUUUAGGGUAGGACAGAUGUUAGAGAUGUUAGGACAGAUUAUUAGUGAAGAGUAACAAAUGAAAAGUCUAAAAAAGAAACACUGGAAAACAGCAAAAUGUGAGUCGAUCCAAACUACUGGAAGAAAAUAGGAGAGUGAAUACAAGAGAAGAAGAGACUUUCGUUCAGAAGACUGGAACAUAAAAAUGCAAAUGAACGGCUUGCGCCCAUUAACACUUCAUAUAUAAUAGUAACUAUUUUAUUGACUCUAGUAUUUCACACAGCCGGCAGAACAUUCCUCAGUUCUUUUCUCUCCUCUCUCCUGGGCUGGCACGGCUGAGGAUUCUGGCUUUUGUUUCAUGGCGACACAUUAUAAACAGCUACAAAGACUUCCUGACAAGUGGUCUGAGAAUACACACAUACAAACAUGUAGAAGCACACACGCAAACACACACGCAGGCCUGGUUACUAACCGGAGGAGAUGAUGGAGCGUGUGGAGCAGUUCACAUUCGGUCACACACCUGAUAUUAUCAUAGAAAGGAAAACGGCCGACAUCAACUUUUUAAAAUUGUGAACGUGAUAUGCAGAUGUUGAUGUUUGUGCGUGUGUGUGUGUGAGGUGGAGUUUAUGACAUCACUUAUUGGAUUCACCCCGCUGCGUUGACGGAGAAAAGGCUGAUGAUUUUAAAAAAAAAACCAUUAACAACGUUUGGAAAUACUGUGACUCUGAUAUGAAACUCUUUAUUCGGGUAUUGUUCAGACACAUUCUGUACGUGUGCUGACACUCUCAGUAUAAAUGUAUUGUAAGGACUGUAUUGAAUGUUGAAUGUGCUGACGUUCACAGCUGUGUGUGGCCACAUCCUGACUAUUUGUAUGUGCGCAUCUGACCACAUGUAUCAGUGUUAUUAUUUGUAACAUAUAUAUAUGAAGUCUCGGGCGCUCCACAUGCCGCUAUUGAUUAAUUGAAAACUGAUGAAUCAGUUCACCUUCUGAAAGUUAUCUAAUCUAACACAGCUUGUUUUGUGGCGAUAACACGACACUAAUUGACACAUAUUUUCGAGUGUUUCUAUUUCAUGUGUUUAAAUCGUAUACAUGUAAGAAAUGUAAUCUGUCUGAUUUACUGUAGCUAUAUGCCAGUAUGUAUAUAUACUUCACGUCAGGACCAUGUUUGUGGUUGUUAUCGGUGAGAGAUGUUGAUGAAACUAACUAAAUUUGGGUUCCCACAUGAUAAGAAAGUGUUCUCUGUGUGUUUUAUGAGUGAGGCUGUAUUCAUCCAGGUUGAGCCACAGAACUGAAACAUUUUUCCAGUUUGGUUUCCCCCUCCUUCUCCAUGUGUCUCUGUACUGUUACUGUGAAUCUUCUGUACAUAGUAAGACUGUUUGCGAUCCAUGAGCGCAAAUUGGGAAAUCAUCGGCCUCCAUCUUGGGUGCUUUUAUGCAUCACUGGCUCAUAUUUCACAGGCGAGCCAGAUCAGAUCAACAGAAUAAAGAUGUGGGGGGAAAAAAAAAGAAAAAAGGAUGCUUGUUAAAUGUGUGACUCUGCAAAACAAAGUCCUUCAGAUUCACAGGUUGUUUUCAUAAUCAGACGGAUUGCAACAUGGAGUCCUGUGUGAGUGGAAACACUGGUGUUAUGGUAUUUUAUUUUUGCUGUUUUGAGAUGAUUAUGCAUUGCAAAAUCUGUACUUAACCGCUUUUCUGUCAUCAUAAACAGUCCAAAUGUGUAAUAAAAAAAAGUCAUUACUCAACUUU